GUUUGGAUGCUGAUUAGAUGCUGAGGUUAGGAAGAGGGGUGUUGUCGUAACUAUGGAAACGAGAAUAAAUAAUAAUAAAAAGCCAGGCAGUGCGCAGCAGCAGGAAGGAGGCUGCUCGGUUCUUCUCCCUCGCCUCUCCUCUCUGGUUACCACAGUGCGGAGACACGCCGAAAUUUGGAAGUGGACUCCUAGCAACUAAGAGCUUUUCGCGUGCUUAAGGCUGUCAUGAUCUAUCUGAAGGAUCGUUUUUUCCAUCCUUAUAAAAUACAAGAAGACGUCUCGGAACAACCUGUUUCCUUUUUGCUAGCCGCCGACUUCGCUUAGACUGAAAAAGAGGAGGUGGGGGGAUUCGUGUAGCUGGCUGGGCGACUGAUGUGCACCUGAGGAUACUGCAGACCUGAGAUCCAAAUCGACGGCGUUUAUUUUUCGUUUCUAGGAGGAGAUUUGAGCGCCUUUUUUCCUCGGGAUGGACGGGGUGAGCAGCAACAGGACGAUGUCUUACAGCAGAUGGAGUUAUUACGACAGUGCUCUUGAUGAAGAAGGAAGCAACCUCCGGCAACAAAAGCUUGAAAGGCAGCGAGCAUUGUUAGAACAGAAGCAAAGAAAGAAGAGACAGGAACCACUGAUGGUGCAGUCAAGUGUGGAUAGUCGAUCCCGAACCCGGAGAACAAAGCAAUCUGAAGAACAAGCUCCUCUUGUGGAGUCUUAUCUGAGCAGUAAUAACAGCACAAUAUAUCAUGUGCAGGAGGCUGACCAGAGUGAUGCCAAGCUGGUAUCUGAUACACAGGCGCCAAAACCAGCUAAAAAAGCAAAGGCAACUGCUUCUGUUCCCCAAAUGAGUAGUGCCAAAAAGGAGAAAAAGGGGAAACAAAAAGGAAUUGAUGGUCCAGCUGCCUUCCAAGAUGAUAUUCAGGACUUAGGAGGCCAGAUACAAAUUCUAACAGUGGGACAAUCAAACACAGAUGGUGGGAAUAAUGGAGAGCCAGUUGGUAACAGCCAGGAACAGUCAAAGCAAGACCUUCGUGUUACAAUGCAAAAAAAAGGUAUUUCCAGCAGUAUGAACUUUGAUGAGGAGGAGGAUGAAGAAGAGGAAGAUAGCUCUAGCUCUUCCCAGCUGAACAGUAAUACUCGACCUGGUUCUGCUACAAGCAAAAAAUCAAACAAGGAGGUGGCAUCUGCAAACACACCACCUGCAAGUGAGCCAGUGGUAGAUGUGGAUGAUCUUGAAGAAUUUGCUCUUAGACCAGCACUUCAGGGAGUCACCAUUAAGUGCAGAAUCACUCGAGACAAGAAAGGGAUGGACCGUGGAAUGUAUCCCACUUACUACCUCCAUUUAGAAAGAGAAGAUGGAAAAAAGGUGUUUUUACUAGCAGGGAGAAAAAGGAAGAAGAGUAAGACGUCCAAUUACCUCAUCUCUAUAGACCCCACAGAUUUGUCUCGGGGAGGAGAGAGUUUCAUUGGGAAGCUCAGAUCAAAUCUUAUGGGGACAAAAUUUACUGUAUAUGAUAAUGGUGUGAAUCCUGGCAAAUCAACAUCCAGCUUAGAAUCUAACAAUCUGCGCCAGGAGCUGGCAGCUAUCUGUUAUGAGACAAAUGUUUUAGGAUUCAAGGGACCUCGUAAAAUGAGUGUUAUUAUACCAGGCAUGAACAUGGAUCAUGAAAGAGUUUCAAUUAGACCAAGAAAUGAACAUGAAUCACUGAUUGCAAGAUGGCAGAACAAAAACACAGAGAGUAUCAUUGAGCUUCACAACAAAACUCCAGUUUGGAAUGAUGAUACCCAGUCCUACGUUCUCAAUUUCCAUGGAAGAGUGACUCAGGCAUCUGUCAAAAAUUUCCAGAUCAUCCAUGAUAAUGACCCUGAUUAUAUAGUAAUGCAGUUUGGUCGAGUGGCAGAAGACGUUUUCACAAUGGACUACAAUUACCCAAUGUGUGCCCUUCAGGCCUUUGCCAUUGCCCUUUCCAGCUUUGACAGUAAAUUGGCCUGUGAAUAAGUAUCGCAGGCUUUUCAUCAAGCAAGUUUUAUUUACAUGAAUGAAGACGGCAGCCUCACUUUUUCAAAAAUCUGUUGCGACCUUACUUUCAAAGACUGUAAGGUACAAAAAUGUGUCUAAAACAUGGCAACCUAGAGGCUAACAUGGAAAAGUGACGCAUUAAAAGCGGUUAUGAUUGGUAAAAUUUUACAGAAAAUGUGAGAGUUAAAGUCUUUUACGACAUUCCAUAAAUUCAAAGAUCGUUCUUUUAUUUUUUUAUUACAAUGUGUGUCAACAUUUUUCAUAUUCUUCAUAUUUGGUAAACUCUACUAAUGAAACGUAUUCUAACAUUUGGAAGUUAAUAUUAAGUUACUUCCCAGCGACCAGUGAUUUGCUAAAUAUUAUGAAAUUCAGAUUAACCGCUUUUCUUUACGUGUUUAUGGGAUCAGAAACAUUCUAUUUUUAAAUAGAAACUAAAUUGAAAUUGAAAAAAUAAGAAAAAUCUUGAUUAUGGUGUUGUGGACUGACAAUUAACCUCAUCUUAAUAAUGUUUUAAUAAAGAUUGUAUUUAUUUUUAUUUAAAAGAUGGAAUAGGAAGAGUCGCACAUGUUUUACAUUACAUGCCUUUUAUCUUAAGCUCAGCGAUGCUAACGUUAAGCCACCACCACCAAGAACUGAUUAAUGUCUUGUCAUAUAUUUUAAAUGUGUCUACCUGGAAUAUUUUAUAGCUGAAUGCCUCUGGUCCUGUCCAAAACCUGAGACCUAAAAAAGUGCAAAAGUAGUAAAAAAAAAAAAAAAAAAAGCAGAGACUUUGUAUUAACAAUUUAGGAGGGUUUUAAAAGCAGCCAUCCUAAUAAAGCCAGGCAUUGUAAAUAGCUUGCUGAGCAGUACAUCUGCCUUAGACUUCCAUUCUCUCAAUAUGGGUCUUUUCUAAUCCAUGCCCAGGAAAUUAAGACUUACACCCUAUAGAAGAGUCUAAAUACCUCUGGCAGUAGCCACCCGUUUAUACACAUUUAUAAAAAUAAAAGCCCUGAUCAUGCUGUAGUACCCUGACAGCCCUUGGAAUUGAUCCACAGCUACAAAAUGCAGAGUCACAAAACCAUGAACCAUUUUUGCUAGUCUAGUUCACCCUCUUUUUAGCAGGUCCUAAUGCAGUCUUCAUGGCGUAAUAUAGCAGAGCUUCCUGGAGAUGUACCUGCUAAUGUACCAUGGAGUUGCUCAGGGUUAAAUGGGCACAAGUCUCCUGCUCUUCAAAUAGCUCAGCCAGUCUUUUUAUUCAAAGCUCCUGUAUCCUGAGAUUCUCUCUGACUACUCUCUGUACACCCCAAGUAUAUCGUACAGACCUGCAGGCCUUAAACAAUAGAUACCGCUGAUUCUUUUCUGGUCAGAGACAAAAGCACAAAGGGAAGUGCAGUAUGCUUUCUGAUUGUUCUUUUUGUCCAGGCAACUGAAAUCUCAGAGGUGUUACAGCAAGUGCCUGGUGACCGAGCAGCUAACUGUAGUGUUAUGUUUGUCUGGCACUGCCAGUUCACAGAGGUAAAUGAAACUCUUUCAAAUGAUGACCUAAGGAGUCGGCCAGUAGUGAUGAGGACGGGAAGGUGCAGCAAAUUGCAUGUGAAUAUCAUGAGACUGUUGAUAGAAUUACAAUGCAAUUAUUAGACAAUUUCUGAAAUGUUUGAUCAGUUUGGUCACCUGCUGUAACAGCUGUGGUCCUUACGACACUGAUUUAACAAGAGGGUCGGCCAAAAGACACUUGACACUGUAGAUAGAGCUGUUAUGCCAUCGUACGUAACACACAUGGGCUGAUGCUACAUGGUGGCCACUCUGAGAACUCGCUUACUGAGUGUACCUCUGUAGUCCUAGGGUGUUGUACCGUGUUAGCCAUUAUGAUUGUAGUGACAAGUCAACCAAAAUGAUACACUAAAAAGAUUACAAUAUGCAAGUUUUUGAGGCAACUCAGGCCCCUUCUUCAGGCAAGAUGUACCUCAUAAACACCAUGUCAGUAAAUUAACACAUAAAAAGAUCAGUUUAGUACAAUGGAUCUUCAUUUUGUAAUAUUUACACAUUGAAGCUACCUAAACCAAUUUAUUGUAACACUGUAAUACUAUAUACAAGAAUAUCAUGGCAGUGUAACAAUUUAAGCGCUGUUUAGUUCACAGCAUGAUGAUCAGCGUGGAUGGAUUUCUAGUUUAAGAUUUCAAUAUGUGUUGUUCUGUAAAGACAAAGAAGAAGUUUAUCAAACAACUGUAAAACAGUUUUGGAUCUUUUCCGAAUAUGUGCCAAUGAAGCUAAACAGUACAUCUGACAUGUUUUCAAUCAAGGUCAUGAUGUAAGGUAGACACUAUGUAUUAUUGUAACUGCUGACUUAUAAAACAUUCCUCAUUGUCUGCUUUUCUCAUUGGCUGAUACUCACCACAUAACUGGACAAAGCAGAUCUGACAAUGUAAUUAUAAAGACUGAAUGAAAUGGACCAAGAAAAGAAACAUACAGUGGUCAAAAGUUACAAGAUCGUAAGCCAAAAGUCAGUCAGAUCUUUCACCAAGCCCAAAAUUAAAUGCAUAAAUACAAGGACUAAAACACAUGCAAAGUUUUUUAGGGAUUUCUCCUCAGUCUCAGAUAGAGAUGCUCAGGAUGGUCACUGCUGACCUUUUAUUCCAUCGCAUAACUGAAGUCACGUGGAGUGGAAAAACAAAGAUGGCAUCAGAAACAUUGCCAAAUUAUUUGAAUAAUGUGAAAUACACCUCAAGUGAAAACUAAUGCUAGAUUUAAUUUCUGAAUAAUUCAAAACCCCCAAGGAAGGGAAAAUGAACAGAAAAGGCGUGAAGUUAAGUAAUGAAAAAUUAAAAAUAAAUCGUGAUCAUAACGAUUAUGAUGUUCGCCAUACUUAUGUGCUGUAAAUAAUUGAAUUUUCAACAUUUACCUCCUCACCUCCGCACAUAUUGUAAGUGGCGUGUGGAAUGAGAGUAAAGUCUGCUUUUCUCCUUUUUCCCCUUCUGCUCUUUUUCAUUCCGUGGUUUCCUUCAGCGUUUUCUCUUCUCUAUUCUCACAAUUAUAUUCGCACUACAGAGUUUUUAAACAAAACAAACUCCAUCCACGCUAGUACUUUCACAUUGUUUAUGUAAGUAUCUGUCCACAUUAAAAUGACGAAAAAACACAUAUGACAUAGCUGUUUUCCUGCACUGGCCAUGCACACAUCACCAGAAAAAUCUUUGAAAUGAUGAUAACACUGCUGGCCACGGGAUUUAUGGCAAAACUGUAGUGACCAGUAAAUUAUUUGCGUUUUGUGCAUGUAAACAGCAUUCAAACUGUACAAAGCGCAACAUGAAAGCUUACUGGUAAACAACACUACAAGCGCUACAAACUCCUCGGUGUCCUCUAUGUUGGAAUAUGGUUUUCUUCCAUGAAGGGUGACUGAUUAAGGAAUGAGAUCCAGUCAUGGAAGAAACCAUAAUAAGCACAAACCAGUUUUCAGAAGCCCACACUGCGAUGCCAUGCUAGUGUUUUCAGUAUUUCUUGUGGUAAUAAGCAGGACCCAAUCAGGGGAGGGGCCACUGUAUCCAUCAGAGGGCGCUCUUAAUCCCCCGAGAUGCAUUUCUUGAUGCAGAAUGGACUAGAACCAAUACCAUCCCUUUUGUACCAAUGGCGGAAAAAGAAUUAAAAGAGAAAUAUGGUACAGAAAAAGAGAUACAUGUAUUUAACUUGCUUUAAAAGAUAUCAUUCAUUCCCAGAAUAUAAUGCAUAAUCCUGUAUACAUACAUAUUGAGGCUGGAGAAAAGCAAAGGGACAUCACAGCCAAGUGGGAGAAUGCUGACACACAGAUGUCCCAUCCAGCAGCGAGGAAUGUUGAAGGCAUAGUGAGACGCUUCUGACGUUGCGCUGGAUCCUUGUCAUUAUAAACACUCUCAUAAUUUCAUAUUCGUAGAAUUCAUGUCAGAAAUAGAACUGGCUGGUUAUUACUACCUUAACUUGUUCUCAUCAUUUAUCACAGACUCUGGUUUUAUUAACCAUAUUGGUCAAGCAGACAUCAGCACUUUUUAAAAUAACCUGCCUGUGUGUCCUUCACAUGUUUUCUGCCUAUCUCCCUAACCUGACUUACAGCUCUCAUUUGUCCAUCUCUCUGGCACACUGUCUCUCAGCUGGAUUGCAUGGCUUUGUGAAAUAAAUUUCACAAAUUAUAUUGGCACAAAUAGCCUUCUUGCGACAAGCCACCUAAUAAGCAUGAACAAAUUGGAGUACGAUCAGAGAUUACAUUUUCAAAAGUCUACGCUUUCACCCAUCCACAUUGCAGUGCCAAACUGGUACUUUCAGAAGGAGGGAGUUUUCAAAAGUUUCCAUUUUCCAGGUUGAAAACGCCAUUAUAGUGUGGAAAAAGGGAGACUUAUGUCUGAAUUUAUAACUGAAAAUGUAGCGGACAUAAGUAACCCUUUUCACUUUUUGUCCACACUAUAGUGCCGCUUUUAACCUGGAAAAUGGAAACUUUUGAAAACUCUCUCCAGAGCCGGACGCUUCUACUUGUUUAAUUCUUGAACUCCAAGUAAAGGUGAAAAACAUUGUAUUCACAUGUGUUUCAAAUACAUAAUACUGCUUUUUAUUUUUACUGCUAGGGACACUAAAUUAAAUAUUGGAUGAAAUUAUUACAGAAACAUUUUUAACCAAUGCUGCUAAAGCCAGCUGAAACUCAAAUUCUCUUUUUAGCUGAAGCCCAUUGCUGCUUGAUUUGGCUGUGAACACUCAAUACGUAUCUACUGUGUGGCAAAUACAAGGACAAAAAUGAACACUUACAUAAAAUAAAGUCAUUCCAAUUUCAGCGGCUUCACUGGUAAUAUGAAGAAAUUGAAUGCUUUACACACAGCUGUCUGUAGCUGAGGUUCAAUAAAUUGCUAAUAUUGUGUGCUGCAGCUUCACAGUUUACUCCUUCUCCUUUAUUCUUAUACUCUUUCAAUGUUUCUUUGACGUUUGAUGCAUAUGACCAUGAAACCUAAAACACAUCUUAGGAUGCACAAGGUACAGUCUGCUGUUUUAGAUUUGAGUUAACUAAAAAACUCUUUUAAGUAUGCAGAGAGCACACCCAGCCAUCACUGCAUAUUUAAAGAAUCUGACCAGACAUUACCAGACAGCCUGCAAUCAUCGCACAACCCACUCUUUGCCAGUUAGGUGGACUGCUUUUAGCCCUUCGUGGAUGGACAGUGGGCUAUGGCUUAUAUGUCACCCUUUUCACAACACCUGGGGAGGUAAUAUGUUGUGAAGGACCUUUCAUUUUUUUAUUUUAUUGGGUUUAUUAGUGUGUUUUCUAAUGGUAAUUCAUGUCUUUUGUCAAUAUAAAUUAGCUAGAAACGCAAAACUUCCAUUGAUGUUUGUCAUCCAAGCAUUACCUCUGUCUGUUUUCGUCCAGUUCCUUUGAACCUGCGUACCUUUUUGUACUGCCUAUGUAAUUACUUCUUCCUGUGCUUUCAGGCUUUGUUUAAUUACUUGCAUUGUAAUAUGGUUUGCUUUGUAAAGGCGUUAUUAAAAAAUAAAGAUAUUGAUAUUGUCUCUUGCUCUC